AAACAACUCAAGUGCGGGGGCUGUUUACAGUGGGGCUUGUCCUCUAUAAAUGCUGAGUGAUUUCUACGGGAAUUCAAAGCAUUAUGGCUUUAGAAUUUAGUUUGAAGGGUUUUUUUGUUGUUGUUGUUGUGGUAGUUGUUUUCUCUAUUAUAGUUAUUAUGGGUUUCAUAGCUUGCUUUCUGCUGCUCCUUCCCGAGCAACACUGAAAACAGGAGGGCUGCCCCAUCUCAAGUGAGUCAGUAGACCUUUCUGCAGCCCUUGGAAGACUGCUCAAAGUACCGAUAAAUUUUCUUCUCUUAUCCUGCAGUGUCAACUAACCCCUAAAACGCAACUGGCUAACCAGGUGGAAGUGACCUGUGUUGUCCUUCACUGUUUAACAAUACCCCAACCUUUACCUUACUGGAAUAAGAAUAUCUUUUCUCUUUCACAGGACCCUGUACUUCUCAGGUAACAUCUGAUACCAUGUCAGGCAACAGGAGUGUCAUUCAAAGGGUGAUGUCCCAGAGGUGCUGCACAGACCCCCAGUCCCACCUUGCAGCUGACUGCAUGCUGCCUGUGCACAAAAUGAGCAGCUUGGGACUUUCAGGUCUAUAUUUCCCCAUGGCAAAUAGGGAAGAUACAGUUUUCAGAAGGUGAGAGGAAUUAGCCUGACCAUCCUGGCCAUCUUUGUGUAGCACUGCAUCUGCUGGGAAUUAGGAGUCUUGAAACUUUAAAAUAAGCAGUGGGGAAAACCCUCCCUGACAUAAACUGUGAUGUGGCAAGAUGACUGAGUACUCUUAGACUGCUGCCAUAUUCCGGUGACAGCUUUUCCAUAGAAAUAGAAAUUAUUUCAUUAUAAAAAGUCACUUAAGUGCUUUGGGUUUCUUCUUGGUUAAGAUUAUAGAAAGAGCAUUAAACCCCGCAUAGACCAAGCUUUUUAUUUGACAACACUAUAGCCUUAAUUUUAACACAUAACAAAAGUAAAUAAAAAACUUUCUCUUCUAAUUGGGAAUAAAAAAAGAAUGUAAGAAGUUACAUUAACAGUGUUAACAUUAACAAUUAACAAUGCUUCACAACUGAAGUGAAAACAAAACAGUUAAUCUCUUCUAAUCUGAACCAUACUUAAGGAUGUUUUCUAGUUACAGUUGUUGAUGGCCAACUACUGCCAUGUAGCAUGCCUAGCCACCCUCACUAUAGAGAGGCAAAGACACUGUCCAUCAUAGUUUGUGUUUAUUACCUUAGCUUCAGACACAGGUAAGCUUCAGACAUUGCUAUAAAAUCACAUUUCAUGUCUUUGUUCCUUGCAUGCCAUGACAUUCUGCACUAUUACAAUUAUAUCAGAAAUUGUUGCUCACUCAGCAAGAUUUCACUUUUCCCCCUUUCCUAAAGUAUUGUUCAGGUCGAAUAUCUGAGUACCUUUGGUUUCUGUACUGAAAGAAAUAUGCAAUAUAAUAAAAUCUCCGUUGCUUUUACUCCCCAUUCUGGAUCCAGUCUCUAGGAAAGCUGUGUACUUAAAUGAUUUUGCAUAGAAAUAAAACUAUUUCCUAAGCCCCCGGUUCAGGAUUUUUAAGAAAGAUUUAAGUGAGUUUGGUUUUGUUUUGUUUUGUUAGGGUUUUUCUGCUUGUUUGUUUUUGUGGUGUUUUUAAAAUCACAUUUCUAAGCAGUCAGAAUUUAAAAGAAAAAUAAUAGCAGACUGUCAAUCUGUUCUGCUCAAUGACAUGACCAUAUAGGUUAAAAAACUGUACUGGUAAGCAUUCUUUUCACUCUCUUUUUUCCUUUCUUUGAAUUAAUUUUGAAUAUAACACCUAAGGAAGUUACCAUAGCCUAUACAAGGUGAUAUCUUCCUUGGAAAAUGACUGAUGUCUAUGUUAAUAAAGCCAGAGUGCUGUUAUCUCUCCAAAGCACAUAGACUGUUGUCCUGAGUCAUUCUGAAGUAGCAUCAGUGAAGCAUCUUUGUCUCCUUUAACAGGAACAUUCUGCAGCUUGCAAUGAAAUCGAUGUACUGACAGGAGUUAGUCAAACAGAUCAAACUUCAUUGAGUUGCUGUUCUGGGGGACAUGUUAGCAUGGGGGUGCUGUACUGAGACUGGUUGUCACCAAACAAAUUGGUGCUGUACAGUGACUGGUUGUCACAGACCAAAUUGGAGUGAGCCUGGCCAGACUCAAAGGGCACAGGAAGCCAGAGUCUGUCUGCACGCACUGCUUGAGCUGCUUAAUUCUGUAGCAUGUUCAUAGUCUCCUCCAUGUCUCAAAAACAGCAUGAAAUCAAGCACAACAAAUGUUUUGUCUGGAAUUUCAACAAGUAGGCAACAGAGUGGAGGAGUCAACUGGAAAGGAAAUGGGAGAUAAUGAACAGGAGGAUGACUUGUAGAUGCCCUUGGAAAUGAAGGCAUGAUGAAAUCCCACAAUGCUGUUUUGAGAGGAUGAGGUGAAGAGGGAGAAAGGGCAAUAAAAAAUGGCCAAGCAGACAGCCGUGACGAUUACUUUGGCGACCCUGCUGGGUGUUGCACUGGGGGGCCUGGUUUUGUGGAAAGCGACCCAGCAUCGGAAAGGAAAAACACGCUGUAGCAGUCAGCAAGAGGAAGCAGCAGGAAAGUCAGGAGAUGAGAAACUCAUUAAAGCAGAGGAUAAGAAGGUGCUUUCCUUCUUCAGAUCUCCCACCUUUUGCUGGAUAGAGAAGACCCUUGGUGCAGACAUAGUGAUAGUUUCAGAGCAGGAGGAGUGGGACCAUGCUGAACCAUUGCUGAAGAAGGAGCUGGAGAAGUGGCCGGUUCUUGGAAUUGAUUGUGAAUGGGUAUCUGUGGAGGGAAAAGCAAAUCCUGUAUCCCUGUUGCAGAUGGCUUCUUCCAGUGGCCUCUGCAUUCUUGUUCGGUUGCCCAGGCUUGUUGCCGGUGGCCAGACUCUUCCAAAGACCCUGGUGGACAUCAUGGCAGAUAGUGCUGUGUUGAAAGUUGGGGUAGGAUGCUGGGAAGAUGCUUGCAAAUUGCUUCAUGAUUAUGGUCUUCCCGUCAAAGGGAGCAUGGAUCUCCGGUAUUUAGCCAUGAGACAGCGGAAGGAUCUACUUCACAACUGCCUUAGCCUUAAGUCUUUAGCUGAAAAAGUCCUGAACUUCCCACUUGAUAAAUCUCCUCAUGUGCGUUGCAGCAACUGGGAAGCAGAAGAACUGACACAAGAUCAGGUUCUCUAUGCUGCUAGAGAUGCCCAGGUCUCAGUGGCUCUGUUCUUCCGUUUGCUGGGAUUUACCAGCCUCCCUGCUACAUCUGAAGGUGAAAACUCUGUCAAUGCUUGGGAGAAAGCCCGGGUUAAAUGCCAGGGCUUGGUGGAUAUCCCAUUUAGAGGAAAAAAGAGUGGAAGCACAGGAGAGGAGAAGAGUGGAGAGGGACGUUCCCCUCAGAAAGCGAAGAAUCGGAAGUCUUGGAUGAACGGCCAGCCCUCUGGCAAUCAGCAAAUGAGAGAUCCACGGAGGCAGAAGCGAAAGCCUCUGGGUGUGGGAUAUUCUGCAAGAAAAUCUCCACUGUAUGACAACUGCUUCCUGCAUGCACCAGAUGGACAGCCCCUGUGCACUUGUGAUCGCAAGAAGGCUCAGUGGUAUUUGGACAAGGGGAUUGGAGAGCUAGUUAGCACAGACCCUUUUGUUGUGAAGCUGCGUUUUGAGCCUUCAGGACGUCCCGAGUCCCAGGUUGAUUAUUAUCUGACAGUCAAAGAAAACCUCUGUGUUGUGUGUGGCAAGCGAGAAUCCUAUAUCCGGAAGAAUGUUGUUCCUCAUGAAUACCGAAGACACUUCCCCAUCCAGAUGAAGGACCACAACUCACACGAUGUGCUCCUCCUCUGCACAUCCUGCCAUGCCAUCUCCAAUUACUAUGACAACCACCUGAAGCAACAGCUGGCCCAGGAGUUUGGGGCUCCCAUCGGCUCCGAGGAAGGCGUGCGUCUCCUGGAGGACCCUCUGCGCAGGCAAGUGCGCUCGGGGGCGCGCGCCCUGCUGAAUGCAGACAGCCUACCUGAGCCCCGCAGGGCAGAGCUGCUGCAAGGCAUCAAGGACUUCUAUAACACAGACACAGUCACUCCAGAGAUGCUCCAGGCAGCAGCUGAUCUGGAAACCAGGAUCUGCAAUGAGAGCUACGUGCCACAUGGACUGAAGGUGGUGCAGUGUUGUGCUAAAGGAGGCCUGCGCUCUCUCAUGCAGCUGGAAAGACGCUGGCGGCAGCAUUUCUUGGACAGCAUGAAGCCCAGACACCUCCCAGAGCAAUGGUCAGUGGACCAUAACCAUGUGAAGUUGAUCCAAAAGUAUGGGGAGGAUCUUCAGAUCAAGCUGUCAUGAAACUAACUUCCUGGACUCUGGAUAGUGUCUAACGGACAUAUGUAACUGAAGAUGGAAAGACUAUUUUUAUUUCUACAUCUCCACUAACACCUGGGGCCUGGGUUUGCAAAAAGGCAGCAGUAGAUCUGCCAGAUUUGCCAGUUAAAAUUAAAUUUGGUGGUUUGUAGAGUUAAAUCUUUGAACUUUCAGGUAGUUUGGAAGUUUAAUCCUACUCGGUCACUUACUAGUUCAGGGCAAGAGUGAUAUGAUAAAGGAACUUGUCUUCUCAAAGUGACUAUGAAGAAUCAUUUUCUUGCUCCCAGGAUGUCUGAUGCCUCCAGACCAUUUCUCAUAUAAAGUAAGUUCAGAGAAAGGCAACAAAAGCACAAUAGAUUAAUGUUUCUGGAUUUUUCUGACAUACAUUUGUGCCCUUAGCUUUACCUUGAGGCCAGCAGGACCAGGGAGGUCAUCCUUCCCCUGUACUUGGCACUGGUGAGGCACCUUGAGUUUUGUGUCCAGUUCUGGGCCCCUUAGUUUGGUAAGGACAUUGAGAUGCUUGAGCACAUCCAGGGGAGGACAAGGAGGCUGGUGAGGGGCUUGGAACACAAGCCCUGUGAGAAACAACUGAGAGAGCUGGGGGUGCUUAGCCUGGAGAAAAGGAGGCUCAGAGGUGACCUUAUCACUCUCUAGAGCUCCCUGAAAGGUAGUUGUAGUCUGGUGGAGGUUGGUCUCCAGGCAGGAACUGACAGAACCAGAGGUCACAGUCCUAAGCUGCGCCAAGGGAAAUGUAGGUUGGGUAUUAGGAAAACGUUUUUUACAUAAAGGGUCAUAAAGUAUUGAAAUAGUUUGCCUGGGGUGGUAGUGGAGUUACCAUCCCUGGAUAUGUUUAAAAAAAGACUGGAUGUGGCACUCAGUGCCAUGGUCUAGUUGAGGUGUUAGGGCCUGGUUGGAUUUGAUGAUCUUGAAGGUCUCUUCCAGCCUAGUGAUUUGGUGAGGGUCUUCUUGGUAAAAAUCUUUCUUUGCUUUCAGUGCAGUUGUAUUCAUAAGAGUUCUUUCUAGAGAAGACUCCUUGCCAGAGAGAGAUUCCUUGUAGGGAAGAAGCAAAGAAACCUUACUUUUUGCAGAUUCUGAGCUGUCCCAGCAUUGCAGAUAGGCCUCAACAAGUUUCCAGAUGGCAAGUGCCUGAUGAGAAGUGACACUCUGGCAGUAUGGAAAUACCCAUGACAAGUCUUUUGUUAAACAGCUUCCAGUAACACAGAGUUUAUAAAAAAUGUUUUUCCUAAUUCUGCUUGUUUGUUGUGAGCAGUGUGCUCAGGCAUGCAGGGCUGUUACAGAGACAGGGUGGCAUAACUCCUGUGGCUGGAAUGUUGGAAUGGGAGGAUGGAGAGCCUUUAGGAAGAGCAGGCACUGGAGGCAAGGAGGAGGUGUCACCUUCUAUGUCAGUGAUUGGUUGGAGAGCACGGAGCUCCAUCCCGAGUGCAUGGAGCUCAGCCUAGGGGUGGAUGAGGAGCCCAUCAAGAGCUUAUGGGUCAGGAUUAAAGGGAGGGCAGGGACAGGUGACAGAGGGAAUCUGCUACACACAACCAAGCCAGGAAGACAGUAGAUGAAGCCCUCAACCUUGUGCUCACAAGGCUUAGUCUUCAUGGGGGACUUCAGCCACCUCAUAUCUGUUGAAGAGGUAGCACAGCAGAGCAAAAGCAAUUCAGGAGGUUCCUGGAAUGCAUUGAUUACUUUUCCAGAAAGCCAACUGCAUCAUGGGCUACAUCAAAAGAGGCAUGACCAGCAGGACAAGGGAGGUGAUUCUUCCCCUCUAUUCUGCUCUUGUGAGACCACCUGGAGUAUUGUGUCCAGCUCUGUGGCCCCCAGCAUAAUAGAGCAAGUCCAGAGGAGGACUACAAAGAUUAUCAGAUGGCUGGAGCACCUCUCCUAUGACUUUUUACAAGAGUAUGUAGUGAUAGAACAAGGGUUGAGGUCUUUAAACUGGAAGACGCUAUGUUUAAAUUAGAUAUUGGGAAGAAAUUCCUUACUGUGAGGGUGGUGAGGCACUGGAACAGCUUGCCAGAGAAACUGUGAAUGCCUAUCCCUGAAAGUGUUCAAAGCCAGGUUGGAUGGAGCUAUGAGCAACCUGGUCUAGUGGAAGGUGUCCCAGUCCAUGGCAGGGAUGUUGGAACUGGAUGUUCUUUAGAGUCCCUUCCAACCCAAAUGAUUCAGUGAUUCUUUGAAUAGCACUUGGUGAGUACCUUUUCAUAUCAGCCUGAAAUAAGUACAGGUGUCUUAAAAGGGAUGAGAGGAAACCAUUUAAAUUAAAGACCAGGAGCUUUUAAGAGAUCUGACCACACAUGGCAAAAAAUGGAAAAUCUGAUGUUCUCUACCUGGAUUUGACAUGUGUGGUGGUGAGCAGGUUAUACUCUCUUCAUGCCUGUUUGUCUGUCUCUAAAAUGGGACUAAUAAUAUUUAACUAUCUCACAAGGGUGUUGUGAGGCUUAAUUAAUUCACGUUUUUGUAAAAUGCUUUGAAAAUAUAAGCUAGUGUGUGCUAAUUAUUGUUUUUUAAGGUGUGCUGCUGUCUAACUUCCUUAAAUAUUCAUGGUUUUUGUCUGGUGCUAGACCUUAGUUAAAAAUAACUUUUUAAAAAUACACACUUCUUUCUGUACAAUCCCUUUUGAUGAUUUUGAUUGCAUGAGAUGAGUGUGCUUCUACUGAAUGAUGAAGCUAUGCUCAACUUUUAUAUGCCUCUGCAAAGAAGUUUCAGUAAAACCCUUAUCUUCACACUGCUGUGUAUAGUGCAGUUGACCCAAUUUUUUCAUAACAUUUGGGCAGAAUCCUGGACCUGCUGUGAUUGUGGCUGAAACUGGCCCUUAUCAGAUAAUUCAAGAAAUUUCACAGGCCAGGGGUAAAAACCCUGUUUGUAGCAGAGACCGUUUGAGAUAAGUAGGAGCCAUGGAGAGAAAUGGUACAUUAAUGCCAUCCCAGAGGAGCUGCAAUAGCAGCAUGAGAAAUCAAAGAUUCAUGAUAAAUACUAUUUGUCACAGAGCUGCAAAUGAGAUAAUUUUCAUUAUAAGGGCAAUUUUUUCCCCUGUACCACUGGCAAGUCUUAACAAAAAAAUCAUCUAGCCAAAUGUGGUAUGUCUCUGUGCUCAUUCACACAGCUGAUUAUAAUCCCAGCAUGACCUUCCUGCCUACAGCAGCAGUUUGGAUAUAACUUUUUCUCUCCAAAGCAUUUUGAGCAUGUGUUAAGCUAGUGCUAUAUCCUGUCUCCAUCUGAUCGGGGUGUUGAGAGCUCUGUGUGACUCAGAAACUCCUUUUCUGUCAUCAGGAGUGCAGGGUGUCCAUUUCACCUCUUUGUUCUGCUUUGUUUUUUCUCCCUUUGUUCUGAUAUAGGAACUCCUGAUCAAACUCUUUAAUGGAAUGGAUUGGCUGACCACAGGGUCAGGUCUUUUCUGUUUGUGAGACAAGAAAGUAAUGUGGAGACAAGAACUGGACUGCAGAUGCUCUAUUUUUGAGGAGCCAGUGGUAUCAUUGAAGAGGGUUUUUUUCCAAAUCAUUUGUUCAAAAACAGAAACUAGCAAGGAGAACUUCCUUCACAAAUAUUUUCUAAACUAAGAUCCUUUACUGUUUGUAAGAUAUCCUUAACUUGCAUAAUUUUAAUUCAAUCUGAAAGAAGAGGGGAAGCAAUAUAUUUAUUAUGCAGAAAUAGAUUUGCUUUAUUUUAUUAUGAUUUUAAAUUUUCUACUAGUCUAUAGAUAAAACUUCUUUGUAUGUCUCCAUUGCUAAUUGUUACAUUCUAUAAAAAUUUACUCUUUUACCAGACUUACCACUUUUGAAGUUCUCUUGUUCCUUUCUUGCAUGCUUGCUUUUUCUCUUCUUUCCUUGUGUCUUACCCAGGCCUUACAGGUCCACUGUUCCUUACAGUAACACCUGGACCUCACCCUCCGAGUUUCCUUUCCAGUGCCUCCCCUGAUUGGUGUGUCAGAGAUCAGCAGUGCAGAGCCCAUGCUGGCACCAAUUCUGUACUUCUAAGCACUGGGAUAGUGAGCUUGCUCAGGUAGGUUUGAAUAGUGGGUUCAGGUGCUGUCCUUGGCCUGGUCAUUUUGGUCAGUCAUGGCUACAGGUCUACAUUUGUUCAAAUGAAACCUUAGAUAUUUCUCAGGCUGAGCAUUCAUCUAGGUUGCACCAAGUAUUUUACCUUAACUGGGACAGUCCUGCACCUAAGCACACACAUCCAUUUUAUCUGUGCAGGGGGAGAAUUGGCAAUGCUCUCUGUUUGGGCUGGCUUUCACAACAUGGGGUUUUUCUUUCUGUUGCUUUUCACCUUACAUUUUUAAGUUUGUCGAAAGUAUGCUGCCAGAGAUGGGGGAGAGAAAUUUUCCCUCUUACCUGGUGCUUGGUGCCACCUGCCUGGUUCUUGCAGUUUAGCAGGGAGCACACCACAUCUGCUGAGAUCCAGAAACAUGUCUUGGCUUAUAAAUUCCCUGCAUAACUUGCUUCCAUCCUUUUUGUUUCACAUGUUCUGCCCAUGUGAAACAGAUGUUCUGUAAGAAUAUGACUGAGUAUGAAUUUCCAAAGACAUGCCUCAGGAGUGAGAGAAGCAAUGCCCUUGAAACCCUUCCUCUGUGGGCUACAAACUGAUUUCUGUCUUUCUAAACACUACAGUUUGUGUUUUUUCUUAAUUUCUUCAGUAACUUAGACAUUAUUGCAAGGUGCAGGAUUUACCAGCUGGGCAACAUUGUCUGUUGGAGGUGCAGUAGGUGUUGCACUUUUGAGCAGACCAUACAUGACAUGUUAAUUAUGCUGCUGACAGUCUUGGCAUUUGGAGUGCCUUGGUUUUCCUCUUUUGACAGUCGGUAAAGGUCCCAGCUGUCACAUCUGUGACUGACAGGACAGAAGACAACAUAUCCCUGUGGGCUUGCAUUCUCAGUUUGGUAUUCAGUAAUGGCAGGCAUGGGAAGCUCUCUUCCUGUUGCAUUUCUAUUGCUCUGGUUCCUCAGGGAGUAUCUGAACUCUGCACUGUCUGUAACAUGGUUUUGGUGGGAGUUUUUCCAUGAAGGGAAUGUGGUUGCCUUGAGAAGCAACCUCACUGCCUUGGCCCCAUGCCUGAAUGUCUUGGAGGAACUAGGACUCUGUAACAAGGACUCACCUGUCUGCAGUGUUCUGUAUGGAUUUAGAGGCACCUCUGGUCUGAACCAGAAAAUCAAUUCUCAUCAUCGCUCCUUCAUCUCCUUCUUUUGGACCCCCACAGUUGUCCAGACCUGUAAGACCUUCUUCAUUCCCACAGGCAGCCAUCCCCUUUGAUGUUCUUUGGGAGUAGGGGCCAUUACAAAGAACUUUCUCUCUCUUCUACUCAGUACCAUACUGUUGGUAUAAGGACUUUUCCUCACCCUGAGGGCUACGUUGUUCUGGAGAAAGGCAGAGGCAGUUUGAGCUAAAUGCAAAGAAGAUAUAUCCAGCUUUCCCUGGGACUUAUUCAAGGAGCCAGAGUGAGCCCUCUUGUAUUAGCCCUGCAUCAAGGGGGUUUUGUUAAAUGCUUUUACAGGUAAAGAGGAUAAGGCAAGUGAGCCAACAUGGUUAAGCUUCGUAGAGGGGAAAAAAACCCCAAAAGCCAAAUAAACAUGCAUGGAGCAUAAUUUCUCUUAAUCAAAACAUAUUCCUCUAUCACUGUGAAUUCUACCAAGAAGAGCAGACAGCUCUGGCAAGGAUUUUCUGUGCCAAGGUUAGUGCUGCAUCCUCCCUUGCCACUUAACUGUAAUGGAACUUGUUUCUGUCUUGAAUUAGCCACUGUGAUGCUCCCUGGGGUCUCAGUGGUGUUGGUCGCCAGGAAACAAAGCAAAACCAUCUUUCUCUUAUUACUUUCCUUUGCAAGCUAUUGGAUAAGUUCAGCUUUGAGACAGGGGGAGUAAGUAGAACAGAAAAAAAAGAGGAUGGAGGCUUUUACUGUAAAAUGGAGAUGUCAUCUUCAGAUAACAAGAAACCAUUUCCUUGUACAGGAGAAAUUUCACUUCAUCUAUGGAUGAUAGGAAAUAUGGCUUCUGUCUUUCUUUUCUUAAAAAAGUGAAAGAUUUUGCAAAAAAGAAGGAAAAAAGGAGAAGGCAUUUAUAUAUCUCGGUACAAUGUGACAAGCCUGUGAAAAGGGUACUAGGCAGCUGUCAGAAAUGCAGGCUUAAGAGAAAAACUGCCUGUCCAAACUCCCUUCACAAAAAAACCCUGCUGCUCUAAGAAGCUGCUUAAAAUUGUAUCAAGCUCUGUGGGGAUCUGAAAUAUAUCUGUUUCACAGUGAUUAACAGCAAGUCCUUUGCAAUUGAUUGUUCGUUGAAAAAUGUCAGACAGUACUUUGCAUUGGCUGAGAUCUGCCAGUUGCUUUUCCUUUUUCCUCUGUGCCACGACUCUGUCCAGGACUUGUAGCCGUAAAUAAAAGCAGAGAGACUGUC